UUUUGGUUGGAUUGGUAGAUUUUAAUUUUAAUAUCCCUUUCCUUAUCUUGGGUUUGAUUAUAUUUAUUUAAUUAAUUAAUGAUAAGUUACUUUUAACUUGUGAAUUUUAGAAGUAUUGCUUAAAAAAUGUCUAUCUCCGAUUUAAAGCAUUCUUUGAGAAAGUUAGAGUUUCCAGCAUCCGCCAAAGAAGCUUUAUUAAAAAUUGAACAACUGUUGGUGGGAAGGGUUGCUCCGACAAAUAAACAAAUCGAUGGGGCAAUGGAAAUUGUAUCAGAGUUUGUGUUUUGUGAAGCAGACCGUCGCGGCGGUCGCCGAGGCGGGGGUCUAAGUCCUCUCCAAGAGUUGCAACUCAUAGACAUUAUUUGCGAAUAUCUAUCUGCCUGUAAUAAUGAAACUACUAAGAAUACAAUAUUUCUAUCUCUAUUCGGUGAUAUGGAGAAUCAGCGAAAGUUAAAAAUAUUGUGUAUUUUAGCUAGUAUGGCUGUGUCUGCCUCUAGCACACCAGUUCUUCUAGCAGUCGGUGUGUGGCUGCAACAGAUGGGGUGCUCAUCACCACAGUCUUUGCAACUCGUAGAGAAUAUAAUCCGAGAUCAUUUCUAUCUUGAUACAAAAAACCAAGGAACACUGCAGUCUCUAGCCAGCACUGCUCCACAGUUUGUUUCAAACUUCAUCACUUCUGUCACCGAGCUUUACAUGUUGGAUGGUCAGAAUCCUGUCAAGUUGCCACCGAAGAAUCUUCUGGAAGUCAUUACAUUGUGGGUGUACACCACACCAACCUUAUGUAUGUCAGCACAAGUAAAUGCUGCAGCACUGCCCAAUGGUGCAAUACCAAUGGCAGCUGUCACACCAUUUGCGGGACUGAUUAGAUGGUGUGCACUAGCACCCCUAUAUGUUGAUGAAGAUGCAGAAAUGGUAGAAGUUCAAGUCAAAAAAAUAAAACUGGAAGGUGAGAAGACAUUGAAAUCAAUUACAAAAGCACAGACAGAGCGGGAACUGUAUCUACAACUGCAGCUGGGAGUUUUGCAGAGCAUGCGGUGGUGGCGGUGCCGCGGCCCGCCCGCCGCACUCAACGCGCAGAAGGUAGCCGCCCUCGUACACCCCAUCAGACAGUACACACAGCACCUUAAGGAGCGGGGCUGUGAUGUGACACAGGAUGAAAGAUUGCAAGAAACCCUUGAUCGUAUUGGCCAGGCGGUGCAAGUGGCUUUGGCAAGUGGUUGUGUUUAUGGCAACAUCAACCAUCUGUUAGCAGCUUUAGAUUCCUUACCGGAGGCUAGGUUAUUGAAAAUUGUUGUAAAAACACAUCAACAGGCUAUCUGACAGGGACUAUGUGCCAAUGAUGGGACAACAUGAAGUCCAUGGUGAAUACUGCGGUUGCAGUAGUUACAAUUGGUACAUUGUAUGAAAAUAUGUAAUAUUUGUGUUAAUGUGGCUGAAGAAAUAUAUGAUUUAAACCAAUGCAAUAUAAAAAGUAACAAAACCUUUUUGUAAGGAACUGACAUCAGUAUCAACAGAACAAUUAUAUUAAACAAUUUAAUAUCAAUAGAAUUGGAUUAAAAAUGUAAACUUUCUCUAGAAAAAAUCAUAUUUUAUGUACUAAUAUUAAUGUUUUGUCUAGAGAAAGUUUUCUAAAACUGUAUGUUAUACUUUUGAUAAUAACAUGUAGUAUUUUUAAGUAAAAAAAUUGUAAAUAUGUAAAAUACGAUAAUAUGCCAAUGCUAAAUACCAUAACAAACAAAAUGAAAAAGAAAAAGGAAAUUCAACCAUAAUAUUAAACCAAAUAAUAAAAUUUUUUAUCAAGAAAAAAAUGAAAUAAAAACAGAUAAAGAAAAAAAAAUACCAGAAAUAUAACAAGAACAGGAAAUGGAGGAGGCCUGUGACAUCUCAUACUUAUUUAUAUAUGUAAAAUAUAUAAAAUUAUGUCAAUAAAAAGGCUAAUAAA